CUUGUUUGGCUUCACUUCCUGGCCUCCAUAAUCUCAUGGAUUGCCAAUAACAAUAGUUCGGAUCCCAUUGGUUUGCAUAAAACCCUGGUCUCGUUUUGUGUUCCCGGUACUCAUAAAUUAUUCCUUUCUGUCUUGACUAGCUACUAGCUAGGGUUUCGGUCUACUACUGGGGUUUUAGUUGAUUUAUAAAUUAGAAGCCUUUGGGGUUUGCUGAGAGAGAAAAAAAAAUGGAAGACUACAACAAUCAAAUGGAUCAUGAGAGUUCGGGUGGUAGGGGAAACUUCCUCUACGCCUCACCAAACCUUGGAGGAAAUUAUGGGAGAGCUGCAAGUGAUCACCAGAUGGGGAUCAACACCUUUCAUCUUCAGUCAAGUGGCGGCGGAGGCGGCGGCGGCAGCGGUGAUCAGUGUAAUUUUCAGUCUCCAGGAACACACCCAAUUAAUGUGAAGACCGAAGCCACCACAUCACAGCAUGGCCACCAAAAAUUUCAGUACAACAGCAAUAAUAAUAAUCAUCUUGUUUCUUCAUCAAGAGGGCACCAACCAGUUGUUCAUCAGCUACAGAAUAAUUUGAAUCUUCUAAACGACGAUCACAGCCUGAGCUCCAACGAAGUUGAAGCCAUCAAAGCCAAGAUCAUCGCCCACCCUCAGUACUCUAACCUCUUGGAAGCUUACAUGGAUUGCCAAAGGGUGGGAGCUCCGUCUGAUGUUAUGGCUCGGCUCUCAGUUGCUAGGCAAGAGUUUGAGGCACGACAGCGGUCUUCUGGGACUUCAAGAGAGACUUCAAAAGACCCAGAACUGGAUCAGUUCAUGGAAGCUUACUACGAUAUGCUGGUUAAAUAUCGUGAAGAACUAACAAGGCCAAUACAAGAAGCCAUGGAUUUCAUGAGGAGGAUUGAAACUCAGCUUAACAUGCUUGGAAAUAAUAAUAAUGCUCCUCCCCUUCGGAUCUUCUCACCCUCUGAGGACAAGUGUGAGGGAAUUGGUUCAUCUGAAGAGGAGCAGGAGAAUAGUGGUGGAGAAACAGAAGUGCCUGAGAUUGAUCCAAGAGCUGAAGACAGAGAGCUCAAGAAUCACCUGCUGAGAAAGUAUAGUGGUUACUUAAGUAGCCUGAAGCAAGAGCUUUCCAAGAAAAAGAAGAAAGGGAAAUUGCCCAAAGAUGCCAGGCAGAAGCUCCUUAGUUGGUGGGAGCUACAUUACAAGUGGCCAUAUCCUUCGGAAUCGGAGAAGGUGGCUUUGGCGGAGUCUACGGGUUUGGAUCAGAAACAAAUAAACAAUUGGUUCAUAAAUCAAAGGAAGAGGCACUGGAAGCCUUCCGAGGACAUGCAGUUUAUGGUGAUGGAUGGCCUACACCCACAGAAUGCAGCCCUUUAUAUGGAUGGACACUACAUAGGUGACGGUCACUACCGUCUCGGUCCAUGACCUAAACAACUCCGUGACAUUGUGUCCUCUUCUGCUCACGCAAGGCUCACAGUUAAAAGUUGGCUUAAUUAGUUUUAUAUGUAUGAUCUGAAGAUAAAAGCAAACUGCUUAUCGUAGUUUGUAAUUUUUAUGGCUAAGUACGUACGUACUUAAUUGGGUAAUGUUCUAUAUUCCACAAUCCAAGCUGAUGAUUUAUACGUAUAUGGAUUUUUUUUUUUUUUUUU